AUGGUUAACCCUCAGUUCGCGAUCCCUCCUGAAUUCCAAGCAGAUCUAAAUUACGUUGAAUCCCUUGAUCCCCGUUCAGACGAGGAAAUCAUCUCUUCCAUCGAUACCUAUACUCCAGUGACAUCAGAAAAAAAUAUAUGGGCUUUCUGGCACUCCAGUGUCAAAUCCAUGCCCGGGUGGUGCACCCGUAAUGUCGUCAACUGGGCUCGCCUCUGUGGCCCCUCAUGGACAAUUCGAGUGCUUGACUCUGUCCCCGAUUCACCUAAUUACGCGUUGAAGUUUCUUCCCGCAAAGAUGCUUCCAGAGACAUUCGUUAAGGGGACGAUGGAUGGGCCUUACAUUGGCCAACAUAGUGCGGACUUCAUGCGCGGAGCAUGUUUGUACCUUUAUGGAGGGGCAUACAUGGACGUUGGUAUCUUGCUCGUUCGCUCUCUGGAUCACCUCUGCUGGUCUAUUCUGGAAGACGAGAGCUCACCCAGACAAAUUGCCGUCCCGUGGAUGUACGGUGUAGUAAUAGCAAACCACUUUGUGGCUAGCCGCAAGGGCGAUCCAUUUAUAAAAAGAUGGCACGAUCUAUUUAUUCACCUGUGGGAGGGCCGAUCGAACCACUCCGGCAUAUGCAGCGAUCCGCUCGUUGCAUUCGGUCUCGAUAUGGACUUCUCCGAGUCACAGCGCCACGGAUACAAAUUUGAAUUCAAAGUAGAGCCACUUACGGUGUUCGAAUACAUUGCUCAAGUUAUUUCGUGGAUGCGUCUGUGCAUGCUUGAGGAUGCAGGGGAUGGGUUUAGCUGCGCUGAUUACGCGGUGGAUAAUAUUCUCUGGUUCGACUGCCUCCCGGAAGACUUCCCCGUUGAGACUGUGGUUGGGUUUCUGGGGCAAUCGGCUUUCGAUGCCCUUUCGACACCGUUAAAUGCAGAUCCCGAAUCUCCAGGGUAUAAGACUGCAUACCAACUUGUGUGGCAUGUGCUCACGAGUGGAAGCAUGCAGAAGGUUUCUCAUGCGAAAAACUUGUCAUCAACACCUGCGCUUGGAUAUCUUUGGGAUGACAACCGUGGCUCCGAUUGUAAACCGGGAACGUUUGCGGAACUUCUCAGAUACGGUAGUGUGCACUUUGAGCAGACAAGGAGGACUGUAUCUAUUGUACAGAUCGAAAAGCCGAAAGAUACCAUGAAAAAGGGCGUGCUUGAGCCUUGA